AUGGAAUGCUUGGAAGGUGGCGAGCUUUACCAGCGGGUGAACGCCGGGAAGUUCGCCGAAAAGGAUGCAGCAGAUGCAGCAUACCAGAUGCUGCUCGCCAUACGAUACCUGCACAACCUUGGCAUUGUCCACCGAGACAUCAAGCUUGAAAACUUCCUGUACACCGAGGUCGGCAGCACCCAUCUCAAGCUGAUCGACUUCGGCUUCAGCAAGGCCUGGGAUCCUGAGCAGAAGAAGAUGAAGCUCAGCUGUGGGACCAUCUGUUACGUUGCGCCCGAGGUCAUCUUGCAGAGCUACACGAACAUGUGUGACAUGUGGAGUCUCGGAGUGGUGGUGUUCCUGCUGCUUGUGGGCUACAUGCCCUUUCCUGUGCUUCCGGACAUC